UUGAGUCAGACCAUCUAUCCUGGUGGUGUUCAUUAAUCAUUGUUAGUCAGUUUCACCAAUUGUCAGCUAAAUCUUAUUUCCAUCUGGGACUGAGAAAGAUUGGGAAGUUACAGAACAAAAUAACUUCAAGAAUACUUACAUGACUGUAAUCUUAUGAGGCGGUGUUAUGUUGCGUAAUUUUUCACUCGAACAGAUUUGUCGCUGCCCUUAGAACCAGUCCAGUCUACGUAAACCGUGGUGCACCCCCUUCCUCCAGUUCCCUCAUGCUCACCUACGUCGGUCUCAGCAGUUUGUCCAUCUGAGCUACUCCAACAGCUAAAACCGGUACGUUUGGAGAGGACUUUUGAUGGAGAACGAAGCUGAGAGCAACCAACGCUCUUAAACCGGAUCCUACAGAUGUAGCUAAGAGAACUUCCAGUGAUAUUUUACUAUAUGUGUUACAUAGACGCCCGUGAUUAUUUGAUGUCAAAGAUAUAUGAUUAAUUAGGCUAACAUUUUUCGGGAAACUUAUGGAUUUCGGAAAUAUGUUUAAGGGAAACAUAAAUUAUUUUGGUUACAGAUCCCCUUUGUACUGGAUUUUCUUUUAGUGUAAUAUCAGUGGUAUAGAUGUAAUCGUACGUUACCUGGAAGUAUUUUAACAUCGGAAAUCAAAAUGGAUCUUUGGGGAGUUUACCUAUUUCAUCUCGUUUGCUUUGCCCUGCAGGAAGUUCUGUUUGCUGGCAGGGAUUGUCUGGUUGCCGGGGACUCAUGCUCCAGCGAUGAGACCUGCAGCCCACGUCUGCGCACACUGCGCCAGUGUGUAGCGGGCGACGGCAGCAUGAAGCUGGGGCCCGGGGCCCGGAGCCAGUGUGCCAACGCCGUCUCGGCCCUGCUCUCCAGCCCCCUGCACGGCUGCCAGUGCAAACGUGGUAUGAAAAAGGAGAAGAACUGCCUGAGCAUCUACUGGAGUCUCCAUCAGUCUGUCAUACACGGACUCAACCUGGUGGAGAGCUACCCCUACGAAGCUGUGGAGAGAGAUUACGACUAUGUUCGUCUGGCCUCCAUCACUGCUGACUCUGAUGCUGGCAUGGUGACUGUGAAUCGAUGCCUGGAUGCAGCCAAAGCGUGUAACGUUGAUGACCUGUGCCAAAAGCUCCGCACAGAGUACGUGUCAGCCUGCAUCAAGCCCGCUGCCAGGUCUGGCCUCUGCAACAAGGCCAAGUGUAACAAGGCGCUCCGCAGGUUCUUUGACCGUGUCCCUCCAGACUACACGCACGAGCUGCUUUUCUGCCCCUGCAUAGACACAGCAUGUGCUGAGCGACGCCGGCAAACCAUUGUGCCUGGUUGCUCCUAUGAGGGCUUGGAAAAACCCAGCUGCCUCACACAGAUGCGUACUUGCAGGACUGACUAUGUGUGCAGGUCCCGUCUAGCUCAGUUCCAGUUUGACUGCCAACCAGCUGAGUCGUCUGCCAAUGGCUGCAAGCAUGGGAACUAUGGAGACUGUUUACUGGCCUACACAGGCCUGAUAGGCAGUUCGAUUACUCCCAACUAUGUGGAUAACUCCACAUCUAGCGUUGCCCCAUGGUGCUCCUGCUCUGCCAGUGGGAACCAGAGAGGAGAAUGUACCAACUUUCUGGAAUACUUCACCAACAACAUCUGUCUCAGGAAUGCACUCCUGGCGUUUGGGAGCAGGACUGACACUCUGCCUACACCCAGCCAAUCGGGACAGUUCAGCUCAGCUGCUGGCAAAGAGGGCUAUGUCACCAACCCUCCUCCUGCGACCACACAGACUGUCCCAGAGCCAGUUAUACCAACACAGGCAAGUGGAAACGACCGACUUUGGGGAGAUUCAACAUCAGAUGGAUUUCCAAACUCAGCAUCCACACUUGGCCUACUGCCUCUAAUGGUCUUUACUGGUUUUCUGCUCCUAUCUUUGCUCUCAAAUGGCCACUAAAGGAGAAAGCAUGCCAAGAACCACCUAUUUGUACACAUAUUCUGGAGAACUGUGACUCUUUGGCCCAUACUCCUCCUCGUAAACAUGUACAGCAUAGUCGUUUUUCUAUUUGUUUGUGUCUUAGUGGUUCAAUUCCACCUACGAGUCCCUGAGGUGAACGGUGUGGAGAGACGGAAACAAAUUGAAACCAAUCUGUAAACUUGUACAUUGUUAUCGCUUCGAGUCAAGAUGAAAGUACUUUGUGUGUGGACUCACCUACCAUCCAUCUACCUGAGCAUAUCCAUUGUUUUCAAGACUGAAAUAAAAAAUGCAGUCUGAAACUACAUGGGUAUCCUUUAUGAUCUGUCUAUAAAAAGAAAGCUCAUACCUGAAAUGUUGUCAGGAAAUCCAGCUCCAGUGAACUUGUGAGCUUUGUCUUUAUUUUGUACGCAACUGCACAAACUGAUUGGAAAAGACCCUUGAGCAUAUGGGGUCUUUAAUACAGCUUGACUAGACUGAAGAAUGAACAUUAUUUCUGAUCAAUACUGGAAUGGUAGCAAUAGACAAUGCAACUAUGGCUUAUUCAGCCAAUCCUGGACAAAUACACACACUCAGAUCCAAGUGUUGUCAGUUGCAAGAGAUGUGGAAUCCACUCAACGUAUGGGAUGACUCUGACCAAACGAUUAUCAUGCUGCAAUGGAGAUUGGGCUCUUUGUAAUGCUGCCAUCGCCAGUUCAUUUAUUCUCACUAAUGCUUUGCUAAUGUUCAUUAUAAAACACUUUCUUGGACUUGGACUUGUUUCAAAUUAAGUUAUAUGAGCAAACAGUUUCUCUGUGUACAGUACCAUUGUUCGGUGUUGUGGGGAAGGACUUUCCUCUGUUUCUCAUUGUGUAAAUGGAGAUUUCUGAAAUGGUGUUGGAAUUGGUAUUCCAUAAAGAGCAAGAAAAAGGGCUGGUGUGUCAAGGUGCCAUGUUAAAUUUGACCAUUUGCUGGAAGGGUGUCAAAGUUGGAAGAAGGGCUCGAGUGUCAAAUUUGACCCUUAAAAUGCUUCGGAGACUAGCCAAGAUAAACCUGUGCUGGCCUCGUUAUGCAUCCACCAUAGUUGCUAAAACCAUGCUGAAAUGCACAAUGUGAAAAGAUAAGUCAGAAUAGAAUAUCUUCAAUAUCAGAGUACAGUAAUGUUAGGGCCAGCACAAUGUUGUGAAUAUGUGGUCUGUUCUUUGUUAGAUGUAUGAAUGAUGCUUAUGUUAAUAGUGGAGGAUGACUGAUUUCUGAUAUCAUAGGAAUCCUCUGAAGUGCUGCCAAUAAAAGCUGUCAAAUCAUCCAGUCCUUUUCUCUUUCUUGGAAUGUUUUUUUCCAAAGAAGUCCUCUCAAAAGUCAGUUGGAUAUAGACAUUUAAAGAUUGAUUUGUUUACGUUUUUUUAUUUUAUUACUUUUGAAAGUAAAGAAUACCUUAUUUCUUAGGAACUGUGGCAAGGGUGUCAGGAAUUGAAUACAUCUGACAAGGUGACUUCCUAAAGAUUAUGGGGUUCCAUAUAACUACUUAACAGGAAUGGUUUUCAGUGAGAGCAUUGGGUUAGUGUGACUGUAUAGAAGAGUGGAAGUAUAUUCGACGAAGAGGUACGUCUUUCCCCACCAAGUCUCCAACACACUCUUGGUGAUGUUAAUCAGUGUCCUGGGAACAUUCGCUUCUCUAAAGAUCUGGAA